UAUGGAAGCGGCCGCCAUGUUGUUUGUACACAAGAAUUUUUACGUGACUGAGUUUAGAUGAGCGUUGUGUUUGUCCGUCGCUGGAUUAUCGCUUUUAUUGUAGCUCUGGGGGUUAUUUUUAUCAUAUCUUUAUCACUGAGGAAGUCAGACGAUGGACAAGAUCUAGGAGACAUACCAAGUGAAUCAUUUGAAUGGAUUGAUAUCGAAAAUCUGACGGAGUACAGACAAUGUAGGAACUCGGUGCAGGGUGCAUUUUUGAUUGUGGACGAGAGAGGAUUUGUAUGCAAACGAAGUGAUCUUUCGGCUAGUGGUUGUUGCCAUAGUGAUGGUGACAGUACAAAGCAGUUUUACUGUGGUAACUGUCAAAUGAACAAUUGUUGUAGUGUAUAUGAGCACUGUGUGUCUUGCUGUCUUGAUCCUAAAAAGAAAUUACUAUUACAAGAAGUGAUCAGUAUUUGGAGGGCAAGCCCUAAUGUGAUCUACAAGUCUGUCAAGGAUCAGUUUGAAUUCUGCCUGACCAAAUGUAGGACAUCGUCUAAGAGUGUAUGGCAUGAAAACUCCUACAAAGAUAGAAGAUAUAAAUAUUGUUUUGGUCUAACACCACCAGAAUUUGCACCAUUUAACUAGAAA